AAAACCUAGACUGUUUGUCUCGGGUUUGUUUUGAUAAAAUUCCAAGUUAGAAAUGCAUGUUUGCACAUUUGAUUACGUAUAUAACAUGCAUACAAACACACAUACUUGUAACAGUUUUUCCUAUUUAUGAAUUUCUGCGGAAAUUUAUAUUAUUCCAUGUAAAUAUUAGAAAAUUUAUUACCGGCCUUUUAUCACACGGACUGAAACAGCAUGGCGGCCAUCUAUGUGCAACAUAUAUCUGACAUCUCAUGUGUUCCAGUAAAAAACAAUUUACCAUCAAACUCAGGAAAUAUUCGAUGUGGACCUCAUUGCAAGGCUGGAGAUAUUUGUGAAGAUGUACUUAGAGCUGAAUUUCAUGAAAUGUUCCGCCAAUUUUCAGAUCAGAAAAAAAGAAUUGAACCAAAGAAGACAAAGAAAAAAUCUAAAUCAAAAGCUAAAGACAAACACAGAUCAAAAAGAGAUCCUGCAGAGUUUCCUGUUCAUCAACCACCCUUCUUAGCAGUCCGUAGCAAUCCUUCUUCGUUUGUUGUUUUUGCUAUUGUCCGUCUUUGUGUUCUUGAAAAACAAACUUGUGAAGCUACUCGGUUGUAUCUGAAGAGUAUAACAGCAUCUGCGACAGAUUCAGAAUCAGAGGAUGAGGAUGACCGCUUCAAUGAAGGCUCAAGAGUGCCAAAGAUUGUUGGGAUUGGUCUUUGCAGUGUGUUUCAAUUAAUAAAAGAAAGUCAGAAAAACCAUCCACAUUUUUGUCGAAAGGCUUUGGAAGCACUUUUAGAUAUGCUUCAAGGUCAGCAACCUGAAGGUCUUAAAGGGGAGCCAUCGGAAGUUAUUGAUUCACUGUUUGACUUAUUAUUGGAGAUAUCAUCCUCUUCAUCUUUGAUGGAUCAAGCACAGAGCAGUUUUUCUUUAAAUCUCACAUCAUAUGCUUGUGCCUGCCUGUUAAGCCUUGUGGUUGCACGAGGGGACACAGGCAAGCUUUUGUCUGCAGCUGCUGCAAUGCUCAUGAGUUCACAGAGCUUGGCUUCAGAAGAGAUCCCUACACCUGGCAUUAUGGCCUCGUUACAACGAAGUGUUCAUGCUGUUCUGUUAGGUAAAACAAUUGGACCAGAUUGGCUGACUCAUGGAUUUCCUAGCAGUGCUUUAUGUAGUUCCUUUUCAGUACAGAUUCCUAAAACCAAAUAUAGGCAAGGAUCUCCUAUUACCAGUGAUGGAAAAUAUCUUUAUAUUUUGUCUGGUGGAUCCAUUUAUAAAGUAGGAUCUGGAUUUAGUGGAACUAUAAAGGGUCAAAUAAUCAUGAGUCGUGGUGGCAUAAAAGUGGAAGAGAAAGGCUGGUUAGGAUAUUGCAAAGGCUAUGUAUAUUUUCAACCUCAAGCUGGAUCUUGUAAUGAACUUGUCAAAAUAGAUGUUGAAACAUUGAAGGAAAAGGAGCGCGUGAAAGUUGAUGUUUCUGAAUGGGGACCCUGUGCAUUUUUUACUGAUGGUGAUCAUUUGGGGCUUAUUCUUUCUACCAAAGAGGAUAAUUUUAUCAUCAAAAUGUUCAAGCCUGGACCUUCUCCUAUGAUGUGUGUUAAUGAAUUAACAUUGAAACUAGCCAGAAAAUGCUUGGAUGUGUUUGGAAGUGGUAUUUUUGAAGAUGAAGCUACAUAUCACACCUUAAAUUUGCCAUCUGAAGAUGAACCAGUUAGCAUUGCUUGUGGAAAAGAUUUUGCUCUGCUUAAGACUGUUGCUGGAAAGAUUCUGUAUUCUGGGAAAGCUCAAAGUAUGGGUAUAAAACAAGGUGGACCUGCUAUGGGAAAAUGGACAGAAUUGCCUAUUACCAAAUCGCCUAAAAUUCUUCAGUAUUCUGUGGGUCAUGACGGCCUUCAUGCACUUCUUGUUGCAGAAGAUGGCAGUGUAUUUUUUGCUGGCACAGCACGCCGAGGUGAAGAUGGAGAUCAAAGCAAGGGAAGAAGACAGCCUAAACCUACAAAACCAAAAAAGAUGAUUAAAUUAGAAGGUCACCAUAUUGCUACAUCUGCAUGUAAUAAUGGGACAAGUGCUUUAGUUUCUCAAUCUGGAGAACUAUUCUUAUUUGGUAAAGAUACAGCUCAUGCAGACCAUAAUACAGGAAUUGUGUCUGAUAUAAAAGAACCUGUUACGCAAGUUGCCUUAGGAAAAGCACAUGUGCUUGCAUUGACAAAUAAAGGCCAUGUUUAUACCUUUGGUAUAAAUCAUAAAGGACAAUGUGGCAGAGAAUUCAUUCACGGACCCAAUAGAGAAGGUAAACAUAGUGUAGUAGAAGCACCUUUACCUAUUGCUAUGGCAACAGCAAAUGAAGAAGAUGGUGAAGAUGAAGAUGUAGAAUCUGAAGAACCUGACAUUAUAUGUCCUGCUGGCAGGCAUCAGUGGAAUCAUGACCAUUGUAUGGUUUGUACAGUAUGUGGUGAAUGUACUGGUUAUGGAGCUAGUUGUAUUGCUAGUGGUAGACCAGACAGAAAUCCUGGUUUACCCUGUGGUUGUGGUGCUGGAGAUUCUGGUUGCAUAGAAUGUGGCUGCUGCAGAGCCUGUGCUCGUGAGAAUGAUCAAGAUGUUGAUGUGGCUGCUGCUUGGGGGCAGUUGGUUGCUGGAGGCUUAGUGGACAAUAAGCAAGCUGAUAUUAUUGUAUUUGAUGUGAGAUGCGGACGUGCUGGUGUGCGUUUAGAGGAUCGACUUCGGCGGAGAAUUGAAGAAUACAGAGUGAGACAACGUAGAAAGCAAAUGUUGCAGUCUGUAAAAGCUAUGAAGUCGGGUAUUGCUGGGCUGAAUAAACUUCGAAGUGAUGUUCCUGAGAAAAGUUCCCCACCGAUAGUUGAUGAUGUUGUUGGUAGUGAUCAAGAAAGAGAAACUACGAAGUUAACAUCUUUGCCACCUGCUCGUAUUCUUCUACCUACCGAAUUACCUGUUAUUCAGAUAGCUUGUGGGCUUCAUCACAAUGUUCUCCUUAUUCAAAAUGGUGAUGUUUAUACAUUUGGAAAUAAUCAGCAUGGGCAACUUGGAUUAGGAAAUUUUCUUAUUCGUGGAACUCCUACUCUGGUGAAAUUUCCUCCUUGUUACACUUCUACCUCAAUAAUUCAGGUUGCUGCUGGUAGUUGUCAUACAGUUUUACUUAAUUCACAGGGACAAGUUUUUACAUUUGGAAGCAAUUCGAAAGGUCAGCUGAGGCGUUCUCCACCAAAUUCAUCAGUAGAAGAAAACAGAAAAGAUCGCAAAAGAGGUCAUGACAAGGAUAAUAAUUGGAGUGCUGUUCCUGGUCUCAUAAAUAAUAUUGGAACAAAAUUUGGACGCAGAGCUACUUGGAUUGGUGCAUCUGGAGAUCAAACAUUUGUCAAAAUUGAUGAAUCUCUCAUUAAUUCCCAUAGUUUGAGUAAAUCUAGUGUAGUUUGCAGCAAAACUUGUAUAGGUAUUAUUCCCAACCAAUCGGAACAAGCUUCAUCAUUUAAAAGUUUAGUUAUUAGUAAAGCAGAUGGUUCUUGUCGAAGUUUCAGCUCAGCUGAUCAGUUAGAAUUAAAAGAUAGUUCUGUGUGCCUUGAUAGUAUAUAUAAUGUUUUAUGGAGCUUUUCUCCAUCAUCACAAAGAAUUUCAUUAUAUAACAUCAUCAUCACAGAGCUUCAAAAUUUCAACUGCCCAUCUAGCAAAGUUUCAGUUAAUUCAGGAGCUAAUAGUAAGGACUGUGAUCUAUCAGUUCCUCGAAUUUUAAACCCAGAGCAUAUGCUUCCUUUCAAGCCGGGAGUACCUAUAAGUCGAGCUCAUGCAGCUCUCAAUAUUAUGAGCAGUUUGGACACUUUAACUUCAGCUCAAGAACAAAAUCUUCAGGUGCUGACUGAUGAUCGCAAGAGACAAAACUUGAGCAAAGUGUAUAGCAAGGAAGAUUUUUCUGUUGUCAACAGAUUUGAUAGUCAUGGGGGAGGUUGGGGUUAUUCUGGCCAUUCCAUUGAAGCCAUUCGAUUUAUGGCCGAUACAGAUAUUCUUUUGGGAGGUUUUGGUCUGUUUGGAGGCAGAGGAGAAUACACUGCAAAACUUAAGGUGUUUGAUAUUGGGCCAGAAGGUGGAGACCAAGAGAUUGAUGGAGAUCUUUUAGUUGAAACAGAUGAAAUUCCAUAUGAAUGUGGAGCUAGGCAUAAAUAUCCAAUGUUAUUUGAUGAACCUAUUCAGCUUACUGCUAAUCGAUGGUAUGUUGCAUGGGCUCGAAUAUCUGGACCUAGCAGCGAUUGUGGUUCCAGUGGACAAUCUGUAGUUACUACAGAAGAUCAGAUUAUAUUUUAUUUUAAAAGUUCCAAAAAGUCCAAUAAUGGAACUGAUGUUAAUGCUGGUCAGAUUCCACAACUUCUUUACAGGACCAUAACACCUGAUAGUCAAGGAUUAUCCAAACCUAGUAGUGAGAUUGAGCCAGUGACAGUUUUAACUAAAGAUUUCUCUAGAACAGUUACGCCUGAUUGCUUCCAGUCUCUUUUAAAGCUCUUAAGGUGGGCUUGGCAGUCUUUCAAAGCAGGAUAUUGUGAAACUAUAUUAGGAUCUGCAAUGCCAGCCGUGGCUGCUCUUAUAGAUUUAGAGAGACUUGAAUAUAUUUGUACUUCUUGUUUGCACCUUUUAAAAAUUUAUAUCAACGAAAUUUAUCCAAAUGGCCCUGCAUCAAAGAAAUCGAAUACUGAAGUUCCAAAGUUAGCAGAAUGCGUUGCAGAUGUGCGAGCACUUCUUCAACACAUUCUUUCUGACCGGUUACCCAGCGCACAAGUGAAAACAUCAUUUUCAUCCAUUCCUUCUUCAUUGUCAACUUCAGCACUUCUUGUUAAUUAUUUGCAAGCAAUAUUAGAAGAAUGUCACGAGACAUUCUUAUCAUGUUAUCAUGCCUUCUAUCCGAGUUCUCAACUGAAAUGGAGAGGACUCUGUGAUUUACUUUUAACUAUAGAUGUGCCAUGGGUUGAAGAAACAGUAGAAGGUGAUCAUUUAUUAGCUGCUGUGUUAGCCUCCUUAUGUGCUUCAUCCAUUCGGUUGACCUCCACACUUCCUAUUACAUUGGAGAUUGAUCGAACUAGUGAUUCCUCUCCUUUGACCCCUGAACAGAACCAAGAUGCCAGUCCUUCAGCCUCUAAUGGUCACACUCAAGAAAUGUCACCUGGUGUUUGUGGCUCUGAAGUGGUGAAGUAUCCUGUCCUUGUAGAUUGUGUGAACACCAGGUCAGAGAGAGAAGGCUGUAAUCCUGGACCUUGUAGCUUCAGAGAAGUUUUAGACCGUUUAUUAUCAAUUGUUAAACAACCUUUAGAAGCUAUGUUGCAUCAGGAAAGUGUCAAGCAUUCCUCAAAAUUGAUAACUAAUGCAUGUGGUUUCAUAGCUGUUAUAGUUGCUGAAUUAUCUUAUCAAUCUGCUGGAACAGUGUUGGACAUGCAUGGAACAAGUGGACAAGUUUUGCACAUCACACCAUCACGAUUCACAAAAGUGAGCCAAAAUAGAACUUGGAAUACUGGAAAUGGAUCACCUGAUGCAAUUUGUUUUAGUGUUGAUCGUUCUGGCAUACUAAUUGCUGGAGUUACUGUAUAUGGUGGAGUUGGAAAUGAAUGGCAUUAUGAAUUAGAACUCUUGGAUGAUCAAAGUGGUUCCGUUGUUGAUCCUUCUCAUACACAAAGGUGGAAGACUCUGGCUAUUGUUCGAGGGACAUUUGGACCUGAGGACUGCUAUGGUGAUGUAGCAGAGAUAAAAUUUGAAAGACCUGUCCCAAUAAAAGAAAAUGUAAAAUAUGCAGUAAGAUUAAGAAAUCAUGGCUCUCGCACUAAUAAUGGUGAUGGUGGACUUUCUCAAGUGAAAGGUCCAGAUGGAUGCAUUUUUACUUUUACAGACUGUUCUUUAAGUUUUAAUGGUACAAAUCAUACCAGAGGUCAAAUACCACAGAUUCUGUAUUAUAGCACUCCUCAGGAUACAGAAAGUGUUCAGAAUACAAGAGAUUUGGCUGAAUUACAAGCCAGACGAAAUGCUCUUUCUAUAUGUAACUCGGUUGUAAAAAUGGGUGCGGAACUCUUUAUUAAAGCCCAGUCUGUUGAAGAUUAUGAUGUCCUUUGUGCAUUUGGAACAUCUCAUGUUGUUACCAUGCUUUUGCCUUUGAUUUUUGCUCAUUUGGGACCUGUGGCAACAUCUGAUCCAAGGAGUGCUGUGCAAGUUCUACAUAUGGUUCAAGAACUGCUGCCUUUAGUAGCAUCUUUGAAUAAAAAGUGCCCUAAAACUAUCCCACCCUCAGAAAAAGCAUUAGAAAAUGACACUGAAAGAACUGAACCUAAUUUAUCUACUACAUCAAAUUUUUAUGCCAUUGUUGAAAGUGAUCACCCUUAUAGACCAGCAUCAGUUGCUAAUUAUCGAGUAUCUUUUCCAUCUCAUGUUCAAUGGAUGUCAUUGGAAUUUGAUCCUCAAUGUGGUACUGCUCAAGUUGAAGAUACACUUCAAGUUUAUGUUCCCAGUCGAAAUAAUAGUGGUCAAGUAUGGCUAAAUAAUGCUCAAAUAAUUAAUGUAAAUGCAACUCAGGAAUUUGAGGAUGAUCAGUAUACACCUUAUUGGCCUGUUUUUAGGAAAUUUAGUGGUAAUUUUGAUUGGCCAACAACAGCACUUCUUUUGCCUGGCAAUGAGGUUGUUUUUUCUUUGGAAACUGCAUCUGAUUAUGUUAAAGAUGAUAAAGCAUGCUUUUAUGGAUUUCGCUGUCAAGUCAUUGGUUUUGAAUGCCCUCGUAUAUCUACUGGUAAUAAUAUUGAAAGUUGGGAAGGACUUAAACAUCUGGAACGAGAAUUAGCAUACCUUGGUGGAAUGUGCGCAGCAUCCUUGAUGAGGAGAGAUCUAAUGCUUCCUCCAUCAUCAGUUGGAGAAAUUGAAGAAGAUAUGGAGCUUGUAGAGGAAUUAUCUCAACAGGUGUACAGAAAUCAUUCAGUGCUUCUGUCCAAAGGCUUUGCUUUAGCACAUCCACCUACUAUUCAUCAAGCUCUGGCAGGUGUUUUACCUUUCAGCAGUCAGUCAAAUGAACACUCGUUUUUAAAAGAUUUUGUAGCUUGCAUGCAGGGUACAAGUGGAGGAAGACUAGCAAGAUGGUUGCAGCCAGAAUCCUAUGUAGAUCCAAAGCAAUGUGAACUUCUGUGUAGUCAGGAUGAGUUGAAGUGUAACUGGCCUGCAAUUAUUACUGUCAUAACAAAAGAUCAAUAUGGAAAAGUUGUACAAGCACCUAAUUUGAAGGUAGAAGUGUUAGCAGUUCCUAUGAACACUUAUGAUAAAGAAACAGAAGCUAACAAUCCUAGCAGAAAACAAGCUAGAGUGAGCAAACCUGAAACUGGGGUACUGACUUUUGGAGGCCACCCACCUCCUAAUUUGGAAACUCCUUAUGAAAUAUCAGUGAAGGAUAAAAUGUUCUAUUAUGCUAUUACUGUUAUGAAGGAAUAUGAAAAUUACUCCUUUGAAGAGCUUAGGUAUGUAUCACCAGCUAAGAAAAGGCUCAUAGAGAACAUGCUGGUUCGCACAAAUAACGAUGGCACAUACACUGCCAAUUGGACACCAGGAUCAACUGGAUGGUAUUUACUCAGGGUCAUAAUUGAUGGAUUUGAAAUUGGUGGUCCUCAACAGAGAUCAGUAGAAGUCAAAGAUCCACCUCAAGGUUUACUGAUGCCAUCUAAACCAGCAACACCCAAGACACAGCAUCAACCAAGUCGUGUGCGGAGGUUUGUUGCUAAAUAUAGUGCUGGUUUAAGAGUUCGGAGUCAUCCUUCAUUGCAAAGUGAACAGAUUGGAACUGUGCAUGUAAAUGACACCAUAAGUUUCAUUGAUGAGCUUCGAAAUGACGAUGGUGUAUGGGUGCGUCUCAGUCCAGAAACAGUGAGAAAGUAUUGUCAGAAUGGCUUUACAGAAGCAUGGUGUUUACAGUACAAUCAGCAUCUAGGAAAGGCUUUAUUAUUUCCUGUUGAAGAACCGAAAUUGAUGUUAUCAGAAUUUUUUAAGGAAAAAGGUAAUCGUAGAAAAUCUGGGGAUGAAAGUCAAAAAGAGAAAAUUACAUCUGGACGAGGACCUGGAACAUAUCAUGUUGUGAAGUGUGGAGCAUCAGGUCAUAAUAUCAGAAGUAGACCAAGUUUAAAAGCAUCUGCAGUAGGCAUGUUAGCUUUGGGAAAUACUAUAACAGCAAUUGAAGAUGUGACAAAUGCAGAUGGUGUAUGGGUGAAACUUGAUAGAGAUAGCACAAGGGAGUACUGUUUCAAUAUGGAUGGUGAAGCAUGGACUCUGAUUCGCAGUUUAAAUGAUACUAUUUAUUUGCAACAUGAGAUGGAUGCUGCUCAAGGAGUUUGUGUAAAUGAUGAAAAAGCACGAUCUGGUACUAAAUUCUCUUCAGAGCAAGGAUCUGUUUUCUCUUCUGGUUUGCCAGGUGGAAAAGGCUUUGAUUUUGCAACUGCUGCAUCUGUGCAGCCAUUUGGGUCCUUUGGUCAAUCUAUGGGAAUUUUUACUUUUGGAAGUGGCACUUCAGAUCAUGAGGGAGGCUCUUCUGGUUCAACUAGCCCUUUUGUAUUUGGAUCUCCAGCAUCAACCCCUCCUUCUGUGUCUAUGAACACUCUCAUUGAAUCAGACAAAACUGAAUCUGAUCCCUCCAAAACUUUCGGCAAUCGUGUUUCAGCUCUUCAAAAGUGGCUCAAUUAUGAAUCAAAUCACAAGCUCAACUCUGAUCCUGCCAUGGAACGUAAAGAUGUUCCACCUGAACUCCAACGUGUGUCUGUUAAAGAACUUGUAAAGGCCAUUGGUGAAAGCAGAGCCAAUGGAAAUGCUGCCACUCCUCCACGUACCCCUCCAAAUACUCCACCUGUUCCCCACAGAGGAUCUAGAAGUGCCAGCCCCAUGCACACUUCCUCAUCACCUAAACUUCCUUCACGACGUAGCUCUAGUCCUACCCAAACAUCAACUCCACCUAUUAUGCGGUCAAAUAGUGAAGUAGCUGGUCAAGUUGCUGUGUCUUCAUCUCCACCUCUUUCGGGGUCUCCAAAAAGUGUGCAAAGGCAUACAUCUUGUGUUCAAGAUUCUUGGUCAUAUCAGCAGGCUGUGCCUCAGAAAACAAGUGGCCUUCGAAGAAGCUCUUUGCAGAGUGAUUCCAGUGUGAGCUCUCACUUUAGUAGUAUUCUUAAAGAAUUGUCUCAAACUUCAGCCACUGGUUGUAUAGGUUGUAUCACUCAAAGAAAUACUGUUAGUCCAAUUAGUACACCUGGCACUCCUGGUACUCCUGCUACACCAGGAACACCCAAAAAAGAAGCCAAUUUGAUAACAACUUCUAAGACUGUCACUCAGACUGGAACCCAAACCAGUCCAGAUAGUGUAAAAAGUCAUUUUAGCAUUGGUUCAGCUGGCAGCAAAGAGGAAGUAACAAGGGUCUCUCCCAAACUAGCUCGUAAGGACCGAACUACACGCCAGUUCCGUUCGAAAAGAGAAAGAGUUAAGUCACCAGCAUUUGUGCGGGAAAAUAGUGAUAAAACCAAAGAAAAACAUACAGCCAAAGAAGUUGUGAAGGAAGCCAUGACUCCAUCUGUUGCAGAAUGCUUGCGUGCUGUGUUUGCUGCAUUUCUGUGGCAUGAAGGCAUUGUCCAUGAUGCUAUGGCAUGUGCUUCAUUCUUAAAAUUUAAUCCAACUCUUCCAAAACAGAUAACAAGUGUGCCACAUGUAGCUGUUAGAGAGAAACGAGAUAGCUCACCUUUAACAAAAGAACAGAAAGCUAGAUAUAGGCAUUCUGUUGAAGUAGCUAGUCCUAGUUUGCUUACAUUUCAAUAUUUUGAGUCAUUUUCGCCUACACCUUUUAAUGCUAAUAUAUAUAAGAACAAAUUAAAAAGAACUUCUAUAGCUAUUAAAGAAGAUAGUGUAAUUGAGGCUUCUAAACAAGUAGAAGGUCUAAAUGAAAAGAAUGACAGUAUUAACAAUAGUGCUAGCACUUCUCCCAGUAGAAAAAUCAGUUCUAGUGAGAAAUACCAAUUACCAUUAUCUCUGCAGCAUCUAGUUAUAUUAUGGGAACAAAUAUCAGCUUCUAGUCAAAGAAUUAUUUCACAGCAGCUUAUUUUACCUAGCCCAGUUACUAGUUCCAAAGUUUUUCAACGACUAGAAAAAGAAAGAAAUAAUCGUGACAAAGAAAAGAAAGUCAAGAAAAAGAAGGAAUAUAGGCCUGUCAUGUCUGUAAGAGGCAAUUUUCUUGCUGAAGCAGCUGGUGCUCCCUUUGUUGCGGAGAGAGAAAGUAUGUGUGAACUUUGUGGCAAUUUUUUUCCUCAUCCAGUGACUUACCAUAUGCGACAGGCUCAUCCGGGAUGUGGUGACCAUGCUGGUGGUAAAGGCUACAAUAGUGGUGGUAAUUUCUGUGGUGGCUGGGCUGGUAAUUGUGGAGAUGGUGGUAUUGGUGGGAGCAGUUGGUACUUAAUCUGUGAUAGUUGCAGAGAAAAAUUUAUUCGUCAAAGAGGCCAGAGCUUGAUCAAAGAAAAAGUGAAGAAAUCUCGGAAGAAGGCUUCACCUACCAAACUUUUAUCACCAUUGCCUCCUAUGGAACCACAUCAAAUUAUGAAAAACAAUGCACUCUUCUUAUUGGAAUUGUCUUCAUCUGCUUCAUCUGGUAUUCCAACAAAUGCUACUACUCCCUCCAGACUCAGUUAUUGUAAUGGAAUGUCUAGUGUUUAUGAACAGAAUGGAUUCAUGGAUACUUCACCUUUUCCUAUUGGUUCCUUCCAAUGUCUUGAUGUGCUAGGAGUUCAACAGCAAUACAAAAAUAUGAUUGGUGAGGAGUUCUUGUCUGAAGAAGACAUAAGGGCUUUACAGAAUGGUGCUGAGAAUCUUGGUUUAGGUACAAGUUUAUCUAAUUUAUCUCCUGGAAUCAUGCGUUCACUGACAAUGAAUGGCGGAGCUGAUCUUCAACUAGUGUGUGCAAAGCGUGAGAGGCGUAGAUCUAAGGCAAAAGAUAUUGAAAGUAAAACUAGGACGUUUCAUCGUUCAAUAUCUGUUGGGCUCACUUCAAGGGAUUGGAAUAAGCAAGAAGGGGAUAAUGCUGCUACUGAGUGCCGCAUUAUAAUGACUAGAAAACGAAAUAAUAGCAGUGGCUGCGAAGAUAAUAGUACUUCCUUCCUGUGCCAACCAUCUGCUGCUCUUACAAAAUUAGUAUCUGCUAUGAUGGAAAGGCCUGGUUCUGAUUUUCCUCUUCAUCGGCCGGUUAUGCUUUUUAUUCUACAGAGGCAUGAUUUAGAGAGUUUGCAACUUGCUAUGAAACAAGCAUUGAGGAAAGCAGCAUGUAGAGUAUAUGCUUUGCAGGCUUUGAAUUGGCUACUUCGUUGUGUAACUCAGCCCAUGUCUCUCCAUGAUUUACUUUGGUGCUUUGUAGCUGCCUUAUCUCCUGCACCUUUUGACAAAGGAGAAGAUGAUGGGGAAGAAGAAGGAGAAAAAAAGGAGCAUGAUGUGCAAGAAAAAGACUUAGGAGUUUGUGAGCAUCCUCUUUCUGACAUAACGAUAGCAGGAGAAGCAACUUUCCCCCUACCUCAAACUUUCCAUUCAUUCUUGCAAACUGUAUCUGAUUUGAUGAUGCUUCUUCCAAUGGGCUCAGCAUUGCAACAGAUUGCAAUGCGCUGUUGGUGUCUAAAAUUCCACCCCGAAGAUCAUAGUUUUCUUCAUCGCAGCCACGUUUUUUCAAAUAUAAGUAAAAUACUUUCUCGAACAGAAGAGGAUGAGGAUUCAACUGCACCAGAUCUUAAUUCUCAGCUAGUUUCAGCAGAAAUUCAAGCUCUGAAAGAUGUCACUCCUCUAGUGGAUAUUAAAGCUUCUAGUCGUCAAGCCAUGGUUAACAGCUUGACUGAUAAUACAACAGAAACUUUCUGGGAAAGUGGAGAUGAGGAUCGCAAUAAAGUUAAAAUGCUCAGUUUAUCUUGUGGUUCCAAGAUUCAGCCAAAAAUGGUGUAUUUACAUAUUGAUAAUUGUCGAGACUUAGGUAACAAAGUUUCUGGUGUUUGUUUUAAGGCUGGCCCAAGUUUUGAUGAGAUGGUAAAAUUAAGACAGCUUGAAGUUGAGACCCGUUAUAUCGGUUGGCUUAGUUGUGAUAUUCCAGAUGGUAAAUAUGUUUGUAUUCGAUUGGAACUGAAAGGUCCAGAUAAUACAUUGCGAUUGCGACAGGUUAAGAUCUUGGGCACUCAAGAAGGAGAAAGUCUUAGUAUUGGAAAAAAAUUAACAGCUGUUCAGAUACAACGAAAAAAUUGUGAAGCUGAAACUUUGAAAGUCUUUAGACUGCUAACAUCUCAAGUGUUUGGUAAACUCAUUGCUGGAGAAAAUGAAUGUGAAGAUGAGCUGAAGAAUGGAAUUAAUCAAGAUAAUGAUAGACUACCCUUAUCUCAGUCACAGAGUACACUAGAAACUAAUGAUCUCAAAGAGCAUAUGGUUGGAAUUUUGUUUUCAAGAAGUAAACUCACUCAUUUGCAGAAGCAAGUGUGUUCUCAUAUCGUUGCUGCUAUCCGCAAAGAAGCCUCCAGGGUCCGAGACGAAUGGGAAGCCUCACUUUGUAGCAAGUCUCAGUCUGUAGAAGACCUGCCAAAGUCUUCGGAUGCCUAUUGUUUCGAAAUGUUGUCCAUGGUUUUGGCUCUCAGUGGUUCCAGUGUUGGACGAUGUUACUUAGCUCAACAAGCGGGUCUACUCAGGGAUUUAUUCAGCCUACUGCAUACAGGGUCAGCAAGAGUGCAGAGACAGGUUACUUCCUUACUUCGACGAGUUCUUCCUGAAGUCAGCCCACCAACUUUAGCAUCUAUUCUUGGUGUUCCAUCCCUACCUCCAUCUGAUUUCAGCAUUAUUACAGAAAGUAACAAAGACAGCAAGCAGGAGGAAAGCCUAUUUGAUGUACAUAAGACCGGAAUUCUUGAUGUAUUCUUGGCCUGCAUAGCAAAGGCAUUGAAUGUGCAAACAAAAGUGAAAGGAUCUUCUGCAACAAAUAGCAAAGGAGUCAAUACAGUUACCUUAGCUACAUCCAUUCAUCCAAGAGAUAAUGUUGGUAAUCGAUGGUGGCUGAGAGGCUGCAUGGCAAGGAAAUUAGCUGAAGUUAUCAUACAGCUUUUAAAGGAUAUGGCUGCUGGUAAACUAACAGAAUCUUGGGCAGCUGUUACUAAAGGUGCUAUUGCUGAGAACAUUUUGAACCUUACUAAAUUAGAAGAACAACAUCGUACACCUACUGAAUGUUUAAGAACUCCAACACUCUGGUUGGCAUUGGCUUCUUUAUGUGUCCUAGAUCAAGAACAUGUAGAACGUCUUUCUUCUGGUCAAUGGGCAGCUGGAGGUGAUGGCCAACAAGCUCAGCCUCGUCCUUUCUGUGAUAAUCAUGAUGAUUCUGAAACUCCUGCAAUAAUUUUGUGCUCCACGUGUGGGAACCUAUGUGCAGAAUGUGAUCGCUAUUUGCAUUUGAGUCGAAAAACUCGAAGCCAUCAGCGUCAGGUAUUUAAAGAAGAGGAGGAAGCCAUUAAAGUUGAUUUACAUGAAGGCUGUGGUAGGACAAAGUUAUUCUGGGUGAUGUGCUUGGCUGACUCUAGAACUCUGAAAGCCAUGGUUGAGUUUAGGGAAGGUACUAGAGGAAAACCAAACUCAUCUGGUGUUUGCAGAUUUUGCGGCUCAAGCAGUAGCACUGGCCUUUUGUCAAUUGGUAACGUUUGCAAUGAACCAGAGUGCCAGGAACAUGCUAGGAACGCCUGUUCUAAAAUGCUGUCAUGUGGUCAUAUGUGUGGAGGCAUAUGCAACGAGAGUCCUUGUCUUCCUUGCUUACAUCGAUGUGGAGAUGUUUCUAGCCUCAAGCAAGAUGCUGAUGAUAUGUGCAUGAUCUGCUUCAUAGAAGCACUUGCCUAUGCACCUGCCAUACAACUUUCCUGUGGCCAUGUAUUUCAUCUCCAUUGUUGCCGUGCAGUUUUGACUAAAAAAUGGUCUGGACCUCGUAUCACAUUUCGCUUCUCCUUGUGUCCCAUUUGUCAAGCACCUAUGGAUCACCCAGUUUUGAAAGAAUUUUUGGAUCCAGCUCGAAGCUUGUAUGAGGAUGUCAAGCGUAAAGCUCUAAUGAGACUAGAGUAUGAAGGUUUGCAUAAUGUAGAAGCCAUUUCCACACCUGGUGCUAGGUUUUAUAAAGAUCCUGCUGGAUAUGCUAUGGAUAGAUAUGCAUAUUAUGUUUGCUUCAAAUGUAAAAAGGCCUAUUAUGGUGGAGAAGCCAGGUGUGAUGCUGAAGCAGGUGCUGGUGAUGACUAUGAUCCUACUGAGCUUGUGUGUGGAGCUUGUUCCGAUGUUUCUAGAGCACAAAUGUGUCCGAAGCAUGGUACAGAUUUUCUGGAAUAUAAAUGUAGAUACUGUUGUUCUGUGGCUGUGUUCUUUUGCUUUGGAACAACUCAUUUCUGCAAUGCAUGCCAUGAUGAUUUCCAGCGAGUCACUAAUAUUCCUAAAGCAGAACUUCCCCAUUGUCCAGCAGGACCUAAGGCAAAACAGUUGGAAGGUGAUGAAUGUCCACUUCAUGUUAAACAUCCUGCUACUGGUGAAGAGUUUGCCCUGGGUUGUGGUGUGUGCCGUAAUGCUCACACCUUUUGAGGUGUUUCAACAUUUGUACAUAUAUAUAGAUUUCUACCAAUACCCAUCCCUACUGCAAUGGAUUAUUGCUGUAAAUUGAUGCUUGAGUGCCACAUUUUUUCAUGUAUUGUACAUGUAUAUUAUGAACUCUGUAUAUAAUAUGUAAAUUAUAGUACAGACCCUCCUUGACCACAUUUCAUCAAUAUCUGUCCUGUGAUGAAUUCACAUCAAAGAGUAUUUUGCAUUUGACUAGGUUAUGGCUUCCAUAAUAUCCCUUUUGACUUUGUAUUACUGACUUUUUAAGAGGGCAAAAGAAAAAAAAAAGUGUAAUUAAUCUUAACUGCAAAUCAAUCCUGAAGAUCUAAUCACUGGGAACAAAGUGUGAUUUUAUUAAUUUGCAUUUUUGGAACAUAAAUAAAUAAUUCCCCUCAGGUUCUAAAUUAUUUUAUUUAUUUGAAUUUUUAAUUACAUUCUAGGUUAUUAAAUUUUUUUUUGAAGGAUGAUAAAAUGAAUGAGUGCAUGAAAAAAACAAUAUUUUUUUGAAAUCUUGAUUUGCAAAUAAAAAAACAUGAAUCUA